GACCAUGCAGGAGCCGAAGACACAGGACUGGGCUCCUAGUCAACAACCCUUUGACAGCUGUAUAGAAUGCAGGCAGAGCAAUCAUCAUCAGUCAUAGAUCUGUGUAAAAUGCAAAUUAUCCUCUUCAUAGUCUUUAGGUAUAAAAAUAUAUUCUACAAAUUCUCCCCCCAACAUUUUUUUUGCAGCGGUGCAAUCUAAAAUUAGAAAAUAUUUUGAUGUAUAAAUUAAACAUUAACUUGUCUAUGGAAGUCUGAGCCAAGUUUCUGCACCCUUCCCCCCCCAUCCAAGGCUUCAUUUGUAUUCCAAUGGGCAAAUGUAGGGAUGGAAAAGCAAACUACAUUGGCCAGCACAGCUUUGAUGUGAAUGAGAGUGGGAUAUGCGACAGCUUGCCUGUGGCGUAGGAAGGCACAUCUACAGCAGAUAAAUCCUUACUGCAUACACCAAAACUGAUGCUUUUCCAUAGGGCCUGGCUUGUGCUUGCUUCCAUCCUCUGGAUAUUCUGCACACACUUUGCAUGUCAGGACAAUUUACACAAUCAGAAUGUAACUUCAAGCAAACAAGAGCCCCCUAAACAAGGACUUUUAAACAAUGUCACCUCUCUGGAGGAGGCUGAGAAGGAACAAGGGUAUUACCUUCAGCAGCUCUUUCACUUGUAUGGUGAAAAUAACACAUUGACUUACCAGGGGCUCACACAUUUACUGAGAAAUCUUGGGCUUGGAAAAGUACAGGUUGUACAGAUCCAGCAUACAGAGCUGGGACAUGAUCAUGUCUCUCACCUGGAUAUUCUUGAUGUCCAGGAAAAUAGACAUCAACAUGCCCACUCUAGCCACGAACAUUCAGUCUCUUCCACUGCUGGUGUAGAGGAGAGAGUAGAGGAUGAUGAAAACAACAGAGUGAACACCGGCUCAGAUAAAACACAUAAUACGCAACAUACGGCAAAGUCUGAGCCAGAUCACAGCAAACCCACAGUGCCAGAUGGAAAAAUGGAUCAUGUAAAUCCACAGGACCGAGAGUGGUCACACAGCGACAUACUGCACCAACUGCUAGAGCUUCAUGAGUUUGAGAACACCCACCUGCACGAAGAUUGUUUGAAUGUAACACAGUUGCUGCUGAACUUUGGCCUUAGUGGAGUGUCGGAAAUCACACCUGAGCAGUUCACCCUGUUGUGCCCAGCACUUCUCUAUCAGAUUGACAGCCGUGUGUGCAUCAAACACAAUGAUCAGCUAACCCUAGAAGAAACACAUUUCCAGCAGUCCCUGCUAAAAGUGUUGGGCUGGGGGACUCUUGCUGUCACGGUGAUCAGUGCCCCGACACUCCUGGCAGUAGCUUUUGUCCCACUUCUGAGACGUCCACUCUUCCGCUACCUGCUCAGGUUCCUGGUGGCCUUAGCUGUGGGGACGCUCUGUGGUGAUGCUUUACUGCACCUCCUGCCCCAUUCUCAGGAAGAUCAAAAAAAGCCUGCUCAUCAUCAUAACUCUAACCAUAUGGAACCAGUACUAAAAGGGUUGUGUGUGCUUGGAGGUAUCUAUGUAUUGUUCCUUAUUGAAAAUCUCCUGGGACUCCUGAAGCAGAGAAGACAUGAGAAACCUCCCCAUGUGAAAAAGCCUGCUCAGGAUGAAGGAUGCACCACCAUGUUAUGGGAACUUGGAAAACCUGUUGACUCUGAGUUUUGUGAGUCUUCUGGUGUGCAGGCUAUUUGUCAGCAAAGACAUGACAUUCAGGUGGAAGAAAUAGAAAGCAGUCAUCACGGUCACUCAGGACACUCACACAGUGCAUCCAGUGGAGGCAUUGCAGAGUUUGUAUGGAUGGUUCUUCUCGGAGAUGGAAUACACAACUUCACAGAUGGCUUGGCAAUAGGCGCUGCUUUUUCUGCAAGCAUAUCUGGAGGCCUCAGCACAACCAUUGCAGUGUUUUGUCAUGAAUUGCCCCAUGAGCUCGGUGAUUUUGCUGUCUUGCUGCAAACUGGUGUUCCAGUAAAGAGGGUGCUUUGCUUCAGUCUGAUUUCAUCAUUUCUCUCAUAUCUGGGAAUGGUGGUUGGAGUUGUAGCCAGUAGGAGUUCUACUCAUAUAACUCCCUGGAUAUUUGCUGCCACUGCUGGGAUAUUUCUAUAUGUGGCACUUGUAGAUAUGCUGCCCCAAAUGCUACACCGCGAGAGCUCUGAUCUUUGCCAAGGAAUGGACUGCGUCCUCCACAGUACUGGCUUCCUGUUUGGAUGUGGAAUUAUGCUGUGCAUUGCCCUGUUCCAGGACCAGAUGGUGUUUCUCAAUUUAUAGAGAAAAGAAGGACAGCGGAUCUCAGGAACUGUCAAGUGGAUUAGCAAACAAACAUUAUUUUAGGAUUUUUUUUUUUUAUCCUAAAACCUCAAAGCUCUAAA